CACUGUCACCCUUCUGGCCUCUCUGGUUCAAUCAAGAACUUGGAGAGAGAAAGUGACACUUUGAGAGAGAGAAAAGAGAAAGAGAAAGGAACCCAAGCUCACUUUCCUCUUCUCUUUCGCUAUAUAAUUUUAAGUGCCUCAAAAAGCCUGAGUCUUUAGGGUUCUCUGUUGCAAAACACAGCAAGAGCAUCAUCAAGUUCCAGAGCUUUUAAAAAUACAUGAAUGGCGGACUUCCUGGAAUCAAGUUAGGUAUGCUCCAUUUUUUUUCAUUACACAUAUUCUAUUGUCAGCUUCUCUCGCAUAAUCAGUCAAUUUGAUAUGGAAAUUGAAUUCAUACUUACAAAAGAAGUUGAGUAAAAUUUGGCACCAUUUGGGCAGUUACUGCUACUGCCAUGUUCUAAAGUUGUUGGCGGCAUGAAACUCUGGUGAUGAUGGAAGAAAAAGUUAUUGACUUUAGCUUCGCUUGCUUGCAAAAUAAGUUGGGUUUGUGUUUGAUCUCUGAGCAGUGAAGAGCAUGGUCUUUGGUUGUAACGAUAUAUAUGAUCUGUCGAAUGUCAGAAGGAAAAGAUCUUAGAUGGUUUUCAGGCCACACCCAUUUGAAGAUGUCUUGGGUUCAGCAUCAAAUGCAGCUGAAAGAUGGUUAUUUGAGCCGCCCUCCUCCUUUCUCUCUUCCCUCUUCGCCCCAAUAUGUUGCUACUUUUCAUAGAGAUUCGAAUCCACCAGCAUCAUCUGGUACAAAAAUAAGUCCUGCUGUUCUUUUUAUAAUAGUAAUUCUGGCUGUACUGUUCUUCAUCUCUGGUUUGCUGCACCUGCUCGUUAGAUUUCUUACAAAGCACCCAUCUUCCUCAGCUUCUUCUCCUCAGUCUAAUAGGUACCCAGAACUUUCUACUUCUGAUGCUCUUCAGAGACAGCUGCAGCAACUCUUCCACCUUCAUGAUUCUGGUCUAGAUCAAGCUUUUAUUGAUGCUCUUCCUGUUUUCCAAUAUAGAGACAUAGUGGGUUUGAAAGAGCCGUUUGAUUGUUCUGUUUGUCUUUGUGAAUUUUCUGAAAAGGACAAGCUCAGAUUGCUUCCUACGUGUAGCCAUGCUUUCCAUAUCAACUGUAUAGAUACUUGGCUACUGUCAAAUUCAACAUGUCCUCUUUGUAGGGGUACCCUCUUCAAUCCCGAUUAUUCGGUUCAAAACCCAAUUUUUGAUUUUGAUGAGUAUAGAGAAGAAGAAGGGUAUCCUGGUAAUGGAGAAAACGGGUUCACUACUAGGCAAAAGACCAUGGACAUUGAGGAAAUUGUUGUUGAAAAUGGGAUUUUGCCUGUGAGACUUGGCAAAUUUAGAAAGGUAGAUGUUGAGGUAGGAGGGGAGACUGGAGUAGGAGAGACUAGUAGCAGUAAUUUGGAUGCCAGAAGAUGUUUUUCGAUGGGUUCAUAUCAGUAUGUGCUUGGUGAUUCAGACCUUCAGGUUCCCUUAUCGAAUGAUCAACAAGACCGCAAUAUAAAGCUAACAAGAGGGAUAGAACGCGAUGGUAAUCCUUCAAUUGAUAGUGAUGUGGAGGGAAAGAAGAUCAGUAGUGUGACUAAGGGUGAAAGCUAUUCUGUUUCCAAGAUCUGGCUCUGGUCAAAGAAGGGCAAGUUUUCGAGUUCUAUUGAUACACAGAUGGGUAUGCCUUCCUCUCUUAAUACAGACUUGCCAUGGAUGGGAAGAAUGCGAGCAGAAUGAGAGAGAAUAAUGUGAAUGCAAUCUUAACAUACUAGACAUAAUUUACCGGUAGGGAAGUUGGACAGGAUUGCAGUGGUGGUGGGAUCCAUGAAGGCUCUGUACUCACAGAAUCUUUUCCUGAAAUGAGAAACUUUUUAUUCAAAUGUUGGCUGUAGUGGGGUCACUUUUUGCAAUUCCCAUGUGGCCAUGUUGAAAUCAAUCCCCUCAUAAUUUUCAAAAAUUGAGCAGAGGUUUUCCACAUUGUAUGCCUUGUGUUAAUUUCAAUUUCAAUUCAAAUAGGGUAAGAUUUAUAUAA